AUGUCUCAGUUUCCAAAUAUUCAGUGCUUCAUAUUCAGUGCGUUAUUAGAAUAUUUUGUCGAAAGUGCUAGAAUUUUAGCAGUGCUACCAGUUCCUUCAAUCAGUCACCAAAUAGUAUACAGACCUUUAACUCAAGAAUUAGCAAGACGAGGUCAUGAAGUGACAGUCAUCACACCAGAUCCAGCAUUUCCUAAAGGGAAAACACCACCAAAUUUAACAGAAAUUGAUGUACAUGAUAGCUACAAGAUUUGGACAGAGCGACUCAAUACUAUCCCAGAAAACAAAGAAAGAGAUGCUUUGGAAGAAUUAGAAAUAUUCUUAGACUUAGGCUAUGAAUUGAGUGAUGCGCAGCUAUCUCACGAAGAUGUUAAAGCUUUGAUCAAAAACAAAAAGGAAGACUAUUUUGAUUUGCUCAUAAUAGAAUCGUGUGAAACAAUUAGUUUGGGAUAUUCGCACAUAUUUACGGCGCCAGUGAUUCUAAUUAGUUCUCUGUCUCAGUCUUACGACGAAAUUGAUAUGAUAGGGGCAGCUAUACACCCAAUCCUGUACACUUCUAUACAUAAGAUAAAAAAUUCAUACGAUUUGACUCCAUGGGAUAAGAUUAAAGAGUUAUACAAUUACUAUAAGUAUUUGAAAAUAUACGAGAGAGAUGAAAUACGGAAGCAUGUUAUGCUUAAAAAACAUUUUGGAGCUGAAGUCCCUUCUAUAUCGGUGUUGAAGAAUAAUAUUGAUAUGUUCUUCAUAAAUGUGAAUCCUAUAUUUGAGGGUGUAAGACCUGUGCCUCCAUCUGUGGUGUAUAUAGGUGGGCUUCAUCGCAAACCUACCAAGGAACUUCCUAUGGAACUCAAAUCAUAUCUAGACUCUUCUAAAUAUGGUGUGAUAUACAUCAGUUUUGGUACAAACGUGGAUCCAACUCUGUUACCAGCUGACAGGAUCGAAGUUCUAGUGAAAACACUAUCUCAGUUGCCUUACGAUAUUCUAUGGAAAUGGAACGGUGAUGUUCUGCCGGGACGCACGGAUAAUAUUAGGAUAGCAAAAUGGCUGCCACAGCAAGAUCUUCUGCGACAUCCAAAAGUAAAACUGUUCAUAACACAAGGAGGUCUACAAUCAACAGAUGAGGCUAUAAUAGCAGGAGUACCUCUGAUUGGUAUACCAAUGUUUGGAGACCAGAGAUUUAAUGUGGAAAGAUACGUUUAUCAUAAAAUUGGAGUUAAACUUGAUAUGGACACACUUACUGUAGAAGAAUUCAAAAAUGCUAUUGAAACAGUAAUAGGUAAUGAAAGCUAUCGUCAAAAUGUGGUGAGUCUUCGCAACAAGAUGUACGACCAGCCUCAGCCUCCUCUAGAGCGCGCCGUGUGGUGGACGGAGCACGUGCUGCGUCACGGCGGCGCGAGACAUCUGCGUGGACCUGCAGCCAACAUGUCGUGGGCAGAGUACCUCGAACUAGAAUUAGUGUUCACUUUACUAUUAGGAUUGUUAACUGUAUUAUUAUUCAGCAUUUUAGUCCUAUAUUUAAUUUGGCAAUGUGUGUUAACUAAAUAUUUGAGAAUGAGAAUAAAAUGUGAGUGAUAAAGUUUAUAAGUAAAUUCUGUACAUU